AAAGAAUCUCGUCCGGUUGUUUAGGCUGUGCCUACUGCUAAAUGUAAAUAUACAUGUCAGAAGGUCUGAUAAACACAAUAUUUGAAAUGUCAGUGAUCAGCUUUGCCAGAUCAUCAUUUCGAUAAGCCUUCAACCUUUUUAAAUGCCGAUGUGGUUGUUUCCCCCCACAAGAUUACCCUCAGAUGAUCGCAGCGAGCGUCCCGAACUACUAUCGGGGUAUACGUGGCGUUUGACAUCAGUGUCGUUCAACAACUAAGCCGCCGCUCUGAUCUUUCUAAAAUUACACAAUGUGUGGCACCGACUCAAAACUUGGGGGAAUGAAAGCUCUCAUUCUUGUUGGUGGGUAUGGAACUAGGCUCCGUCCUCUCACCCUCAGCAGACCAAAACCUCUGGUAGAGUUUGCCAACAAGCCCAUGCUUCUACAUCAGAUGGAAGCUUUGGUAGAAGUUGGUGUUCACGAAGUUGUGUUGGCUGUUUCUUACCGAGCAGAGCAGAUGGAACAAGAGUUGAAAGAAGAAGCUGACAAACUGGGAUGCAAGCUAGUUUUCUCUCAUGAAACUGAACCUUUGGGCACUGCUGGUCCUUUAGCUUUAGCUAAAGAAACUUUGAGUGCCACCGACGAACCCUUUUUUGUAUUGAACUCUGAUAUCAUCUGUGAGUUUCCUUUCAAAGACCUUGUUGCAUUCCAUCGAAAUCAUGGUAAAGAAGGUACGAUUGUUGUAACCAAAGUAGAAGAGCCAUCCAAGUAUGGCGUAGUGGUUUAUGGAGAACAGGGGAAAAUUCAAAGCUUUAUUGAAAAGCCUCAGGAGUUUGUGUCCAACAAAAUUAAUGCGGGGAUGUACAUUUUCAAUCCUUCCGUACUUAAAAGAAUCAAACUACAACCCACAAGUAUCGAGAAGGAGGUAUUUCCCUACAUGGCUGAUGAAGGCCAGCUAUACGCUAUGGAAUUACAAGGUUUCUGGAUGGAUGUUGGACAACCUCGAGACUUUUUAAGAGGAAUGUGUAUGUAUCUUACUGCUUUACGUCAGAAAAAUGCCCCUGUGUUACACAAUGGUCCAACCACUGUUGGGAAUGUUCUUGUUCACCCCACUGCUAAAAUUGGUCAGGGUUGUCGUAUUGGACCAAACGUCACCAUUGGCCCAGGUGUGGUCAUUGAAGAUGGAGUGUGCAUCAAACGCAGCACCAUUUUAAGAGAUGCAACUAUUAGGUCUCAUUCCUGGUUAGAAGGAUGUAUUGUUGGAUGGAGAAGUGUUGUGGGUCAAUGGGUUAGAAUGGAAAAUACCACUGUUUUAGGUGAGGAUGUAAUAGUCAAGGAUGAAGUUUACAUAAAUGGAGGGCAAGUAUUACCUCACAAGUCAAUUGCAAGCUCCGUACCUGAGCCACAGAUUAUUAUGUAAGCACAUUGCACAUAAUUAUUUUUAAUUGGUGGAGCUUCAGAUUUUACUGUUUACUGGUCUCUGUUAUUGUUAAUAUUCCUGAGCUUGUGUCUCAAUAUGGCACCUUUUGAGACAUUCUGCUUAAAGUCAGCGAUAGAAGUUAAAUCAGACUGAAGAAACUGCUUCUUUACCCAUAUCAAAAAUCAAACGUAAAAAUAUGAAAUUUGUUUUUUUUAUUUAAAAUCCAACAGAUAUAUUCAUAGUUUAGUUUUGAGAGAGGUUAACAGUUUUCAUAUUCUAUUCUUUGCAAAUUGUCAUUUUCUACAAACGUACAAGUACACUGACUACUCCUAUCUUUUGUUUUCUUUUUUCUUGGGAGCAAGUAAAAGAGGCUUUAAUCUAAACCAAAGUUUUAAAUUAAGAAUCAAUUUCCUGUAAGAUGGUUUGAAGAAUCACAGGCUUUUCGUGACUACCACUAUUACAUCACUUAUUAGUGAUUUUCUUUUUUGUGCCAUUUGCAUUGUUUAAAAGUUGAACUUUACAUACUUUUUGCAACUUGCUCAGAAUUCUGAUGUGUUGGGCCAAGCAUUGAAAAGGGUUUUGUCAUUUCUGAAGUUUAUCUUACUGUGUGGGAGAACUUCCAGUUUCCAAUGGCGGUUGACAAUGGCACACAUCGCUCAAAGUUUGCGACUGAUAAUUUGUAUAUCUUUCCUUUGUUUUGAUAACCAAUCCUUGCUACCUUUUUUUCCCCCACUCUUUUAAAUCUGGAAUCAUCUGGAGUCCACUUUUGGAACAAGUAGCAUAUUGACUUCCAAUGGUGGGUUAUUUGUUUGUUAGACUAGUGUACAUACAAAUUGUAUAUUAUUUCAAUAUAUAUUUUUCCUUGCUCUUUUCAUGGUUGUCGAACAAGAUUUUAUCUAAAACAAAUCUUAUACCAGUAUGUUUUACCCUAUUAAUUUGUUCUUAUCAAUGGAAUGGCCCAGUAAUAGUUUGUGUUGAGGUAGAUAGGAUUACGUCAUGUUUCCUUUUACACAUUUUUGUGAAAUUAAAUACCUUUUUCUAGUUUUAGCAGUAAACCAAACAAUUUUGACCAAUUGCUAACAACUUUUCGCUCAUCCAAUUUUUGGAUGAAAUUUUCUGCCGUGAUUCUUUGUUAGAACAAUUCUAAGGUACUGUAUUCAUUUUAUUUUUAGAUUCCUUUCCCUGAAUUUUGUAGUGUCUAUAUUUUUAUGUUUUCUUGGUGAGUAUUUCUUUGAAAGAUUUUCACAUACCUUGAUGGGGGCUUUCAUAAUUUUGUAUAAUAUGAAUUAAAAACAGGAACCAUUCCUUGUGGAUGUGCCUCUUUGGUCCUUUUGAAGUAGUACAGAUUAAAUGGUGGAUUUAGUCUCCGUGAGGCAAGUCGCCUUACGAGACCAAAUCGACCAAAGAUCUCCUUUUCCAUUUCAAGAAAUUUUCCCAAAUCAGUUACUAUACCAAGAAAAUUGUUUUUGAAAAUUUUCAUGAUGCUAAGCUGUAGCCAUAAUUUCUGUCCAACAUGUUUUUUUUAGCAUUAAGCAAGUUUAUCGAUUCUAAGCACAACAUUCUUUGCUUACCUUUGUUCUAGCGUAAGCUAUCUGUUUGUAUGCGUAUGUUAUGUAAUGGCAACUGAGCAAAUGUUACAGUUUUCUGAGUGUCUGUUUUUCACUUUACUACUGUAAUUAUCAGCAUUUUUCUCACAGACUGGUAUUUUUGAUGUUCUGUUUCUAUUUGUAAAUAUUUUACUGCAUAUUUGUAAAAAAAAAAAAAAAGGAAAAGAAAGAAAGAAAAAGAGCAAUUAGAGGGUAU